AUGGCAGGACCUGUUGGAUCAUCAGACCAGCUCACAGCAGUGAAGAAGGAGAGUGAAGAAGAAGAAUGUGAUUUCCUACAAGAGUAUCUGUUUAGAACUCAGAAACAGAAAGAAGAGCCUGGACUGGAUCAUGAAUCUAAGACUGAAAUAUUCAUGUCACCAUCUGAGGAAAUUAAAAAGGAAGAAAUAUCUGAUUUAAUGGAAUACAAUCACAUAGAUCCUUUUCCAAAAGGAGACAUUCAAAUGAUCCAUGCUAACAAAAGCGUGCACUCUGAGGAACAGCAAAACAAAGAGAGUAAUAAUCGCUCUUGCCAGACAACUAGAGAGAAACAGCAUGAAUUCCAGUGUUCGGGAACGUUGGAUGAACUCCCUGCUGUUGUAUUUGGACAAAAGUCUGCUCUCAGAAAACACCAGAAAAUCCACAAAGGAGAGAAAACACAUCAGUGUUCUCAAUGUCAAAAAACCUUUGCUAAAAUAUCUGUCCUGAAGGUUCAUGAGAUGAUCCAUACUGGGGAAAAGCCACAUCAAUGUUCUCAGUGUGGAAAAAAGUUUACUCAUAAGUCUACGCUCAAAAAUCAUCAGAUGAUUCAUACUGGAGAAAAGCCAUAUCAGUGUACUACAUGCGAAAAGAGAUUCACAACCAAUUCGGCUCUCAAGAUACACCAGAGAAUCCACACAGGAGAAAAACCAUAUCAAUGCACUACAUGUGGGAAGAGUUUCAGGACCAGUUCGGAUCUCAAUAGUCACCAGAGAAUCCACAGAGGAGAAAAACCAUAUCAAUGCACUACAUGUGGGAAGAGUUUCAGGAGGAGAUCAGAACUCACAAACCAUCAAAUGAUCCAUAUUGGAGGAAAGCCACAUCAGUGUUCUGAAUGUGGAAAACACUUUGGUCAAAUGUCUGAUCUCAAGAAGCAUCAAAGGAUUCAUUCUGGAGAAAAGCCACAUGAGUGUUCUGAAUGUGGAAAACCUAUAGCAGAAAGAAAGCAACUGUCUGAUCUCAAGGAUCAUCAAAUGAUCCAUACCGGAGAAAAGCCACAUCAGUGUUCUGAAUGUGGAAAAACCUAUAGCAGAAAGUAUAAUCUCAUGAAGCAUCAGAUGAUCCAUAUUGGAGGAAAGCCACAUCAGUGUUCUGAAUGUGGAAAACACUUUGGUCAAAUGUCUGAUCUCAAGAAGCAUCAAAGGAUUCAUUCUGGAGAAAAGCCACAUCAGUGUUCUCAGUGUGGAAAAUAUUUUGCUCGAAAGGCUUAUCUCAAGAUACAUCAGAGGAUCCAUACCGGAGAAAGGCCACAUGAGUGUUCUGAAUGUGGAAAGGUAUUUAUUCAAAAGUGUAAUCUCAGAGAACACCAGAGAAUUCACACAGGAGAAAAGCCACAUGAGUGUUCUGAAUGUGGAAUGGCAUUUGGACAAAAGUCUGCUCUAAGAACACACCAGAUAAGCCACACAGGUGAAAAAACCCAUCAGUGUUCUCAAUGUCAAAAAACCUUUGCUCAAAUAUCUAAUCUGAAGGCACAUGAGAUGAUCCAUACUGGAGAAAAGCCAUAUCAGUGUUCUCACUGUGGAAAGACCUUUACCCAAAAGGUUAAUAUGAAGAAACACCAGAAGAUCCAUUAUGGGCAGAAUCCGUAA